AUGAAAUCUACUGCAUUGUCUCAAUUUGUGCUAUUGCUGAUAUCAUUCGUCUCAGUAAACUCAUUCUUUCAUGUCACCCUUGUCAAGAAUCGAAAUAAUGUUUUCCUUUCAAUGGCAGCCAAAACAGACGAUGCGAAUGUUGAGGACUACAACGAAAUGAGAAAUUUAGUCCUCUCGUUGUCCCAAGUACCAACGGACGAAGAUCGAAGGGCCAGGUUAGCUAAUAUUUUUGAAGAGGCUUUGGCCAGGCCGAAUGAUCAACCGAAGCAAUUUAUAGAUCUGUUCGACGAGGCACUCACAAAUGUUGGAAACGAAGUGCAAAUUGAAGCCAAGAAAAUGUUCGCAGCAAAGGAUGCAGAAGCCUCUAAUCCAGAAGAAGCAGUUGAUGCAGACACUUCAGAAAAUGAAGAAUCAAAUGACGAACGAGUAAAGUCCGCAGAAGAGUUGCAACUAUGGGCACUUGUCGAUAUGAUGGUUCAGAGCAAGACAAUCGUGAAGAAGGUCAGUGGUAAACUUGGAUCCAAAGGAACAUUCCAAUAA